GGACGUGCGGCCACGACUUGUGCAAGAACUGCUACGAGAAGUGGACUCGGAUCAGCUGCAAGUGGACGUGCCCAACCUGCCGGAAGCCCAUACCACCAGACCUUGGUGUCUGUGUACGGCUGAAGAACACGAUCGAGGCGCUGUUCCCGGCACGUGUCCGGGAGCGCCAGCGGCAGCGCGAUGCCGAGGUGGCGGAGGAAUGUGCCAAGAAGCCAAGGAUGACGACAUCAUUCCGGUCAGAUGACGCUUCAGGGAACCUGCACGCCCAUGUGCCGCUGUCUUAUGAGGAGGCGUACGAGGGGGCUUCUGGGCUGCUGGGCGCAGGGGAGGGCAGGCAUGUUCACGUGCAGUCAGUCGACGAGCUUGCCCACGUUGCAAUCCUCCUGGACCACCUUAACGACGCCGGCCACCGUCACUACUCAGGUGCCCCCCUAGUGCCCAUCCACCUCGCCAGGCCACCCACGCCGCACCCCUCAUCCCAUGCCCAUGCCGAGGAGAGGGCGCGUCGGGCGCGGUCAACCACCGCGCAUGCAGGCAUGCAUCAGCCCGGGCGGAUCGAGAUGCACGAGGUCAAUCCCGACUCGCAUGAGGUGCACGAGGUCAGCGCAUCGCCGAUCGUGAGGGAGGAAGUGCAUGGGGUCAAUGCUCCUUUAUAUCAUCAAAGGGAGGCGCACGAGCGGGGCAGGCAAGGUGCAGAUCGGGCGGCAGCCCACAGGCGGGGUGAUCCGCGCCAGAUGACGUCAUCGAUCGACAGGCCACAUCGGCAGACGUCAUGGAUCGAUGCAUCGCACCCUCGUGGGGAUAGGCGGCGCGGCAUCGGCGUGGCAGCAGUGCCUGCAGCAGCUGCCGUGCUCUCGGUGCCGACGGCCAUCGCGGUUCCCUCAUGGUUGGGCAGCACAUUAACCCCGUUGACCACAUUGACUUCGUCAAACCCCGUUAACUACCGUCCCGUGGGCCAGGCAUCCCAAUCGCAGGUCGUGAUGCUGGGACCUGGGGACCGGCCUGCAGAACCCCUGGAUCAGCACGUGGGUCAGUUUGAGGGUCAGCUGGCCGGUCAACGGCUCGAGGGUCAGUUGGCGGGUCAGCUCACGCCUGCGCAGUGGGGCGCACCGCUGGAAAACGUGGUCUUCGCGAUGGGGUACUACGAGCGGGACCCGGUGGUGGCCAGGCGGCGGGCGGUCAGGAGGCGUGCGCAGACGUAG